UGUCAGCAGUACCAUGUCAGACACUGCCAUGUAAGCAGUGCCAUGUCAGCAGUGCCAUGUCAGACACAGUGCCACGUCAGACAAAGUGCCACGUCAGCAACAUGACGGGCCUGCCAGGCCAACUGGCCAAUGAGCCAAUUGCCGACUACAAAAAGCGCUUUCAUGCUCAGCUCGCUCUAAUCGAGGCUGAGGAACAACGCCAGCUGGCAGCCAAGGCUGCCCAGCUACAGGCUGAAGAAGCGGCAACAGCAGAGAAGCUGCGGCUACAGGCCGAAGCAGACGUAGAUGCCCAGGCUCGCCGAAAGGAAGCCCAGGGUCUGCUGCAGCGGCAUGAAGCCAACAGCAUCGAGAAACUCAAGUUCUGGCACUUUGAACCAAAGGGCGACGAGCCAACACCGGAAGAACAGCAUAAGGAGUUCAUGGCCAAGCUCGUGAGCAGGUUGGUUUACACGUGUAACCACCUACAGUCCGAGCUGGCAAACCUCCAGCGGGCCGUGCGGAAUCAYAAGACUCAGCACGAGGAKGCCACACRGGCACUGGACGCCCGUGUACUGGGCCUGGAACAGGCUGUACCAGGACCAGAUGCUGGGGCUUCCAGCAGUGCAUCCUCUAGCCGCCAACUGGAGGAACGCGUGGACCACGUAGUGGAAAUGCUCGGCGACAUCAGCACCUUCGCUGCGCCGACCACCAUCAGCAGUCAGCUGCAUACCUUGAAGACCGAGGUCCAGCAGUUGCAGUCGAUGAAUGCGGAUGACAAUCCGAAGAUGUACAAGAUGCCAACUUUCCAACUGGACAAGUUCRACGACCACACGCAGCAGGAUCCGGUCCUCUGGUGGGAGGCAUUCACGACGCAACUCAGGAUUCUGCCUGUCGCCAAGCAUGCGUACAUCGGCGCCCUGUUCCUGAACUCAAAGGGCGGAUGCCAGACUUGGUUGAGCCACCUGGCAACCUCCCACGACGUCGACGUACCGGACUUGAAGGACAAGAUCACAUGGGAGGAACUAACACGGCUGUGGAAGAAGCGGUUCAUCGUUGACGACGCGCCGACACUCGCCAUCAACCGUCUGUUCACCAUGUCACAGGGCAACACUGCAACACGGGAUUGGCUCACGGAGUGGCAGAAGAUUGCGGCGGUGCCCAAUCUGGAGUUGGCAUUCACACAUCUACGCCGUGAGUUCUACAACAGGUCCUAUGCGGCAUUGAGCCAGGCUCUUGGUGAUCRCGAGCACUACUCAACCUUCGCUGAGAUCAUUGACAAGGCGAGGGAAAUCAUCAAGACCAACAGGUCAGCUGCACACGAGAAAUCAACAUGGCAGCCGACCUAUGUGGAGAAGGUACGAACUGGUCUGCGACAGCAGCACUUCGCUGCAGUCCAGUCGGACACUGGAGAUAACCCAGCAGCCACUUCAGCAUCAAGUGACGGAGAUCAGGUGGCUGCUGUCCAGCCGCGAAGCAACAACAAGUCCCACAACAAUGGGAAGGCGAAAUCCGCAUCGCAGGCUGGAAAUGGACAGCCAGUACAAGUUCCAUGGGUCAAGUUCGGCUUGAGCGAGGCGGAGUACAAGCUCCGGAAACUGAGCUCCGCGGAAGGUGAGGCGACUCCACCUUCUACUCCGCCAGAUUCGGGUGCCUUGCUAGCGGCCUCCUGCACAUCUGGGGAGAACGGAAAUGUCACAAGUUCUCGUUACACUUACGAGGACUAUGCUGUCCACUUGGUUCCACCGCUGGAUCAACCGCUCCACGUGCAAAAAUCUACCGCAUGCACGGUUUCAUCACCAUCGGCAACCGAUUCGGCAGCUUCGCCGCCAUCUAUCGCCGGGGAUUCAUCGUCGUGGUCAAGACUUGAGGUGCUCGACCCACUGACGUCCACGGACUUCCAGUGGAUGCCCGUUCCCUCGACCGGACGAUUGUCGAAACCGCAUUGCAAUGUGCUCAUUGCACAACUGCGAGAUUACUUGCACACAGCAGUACCGACUCCGUUAAUGGACGCCGGAGUAGAGGUUGUCGACCUUCACGUCUGCAUUGCGAAGAUCGACCGCGAGUUCAAGACGCAACGGUACGACGACAUCGACGCACCAUUGCUAUAUGUAUGCAUUCAGAUCGGAGAAGCGACCUGCAGCGCUUUGAUCGAUUGCGGAGCAUCUCGCAACUACAUCAGCCAGGACUUCAUGGCGCGCGCCGGCCUUGGCCCACACGUCCGGACGAAGCCCCAGCCUACGCAAGUCACACUGGCGGACGGUCACACGCACAAGUCAAUCGACCGGUGCAUUGACAGCGUCCCAGUGUACUUUGCCCCGCACGCAAGUGAGGCGGUGUCCUUUGACAUUCUGGACACCAAAUUCGACAUGAUCUUGGGCAUGUCAUGGCUGCGAAGCAAGGAUCACCCGGUGAACUUCUUCAACCGCACCGUUCACAUUCGUGAUCGGAACGGAGUAUUGGUUUCAUGCACGGCCAAGUACAAAGCAAACCGCGACAAGUGCGAGUUCGCACGGCAGGAGCUGGAGUACUUGGGACCUUAUGUGGCGCCGCAAGGCAUCCGUCCGCUUGCGGACAAGAUCGAGGCCCUACAAGUAUGGCCCGAGCCCACCAACACCACGGACGUUCGUUCAUUCAUGGGAUUGGCGGGCUACUAUCAGCGAUUCAUCACCGGAUACUCAAGGAUUGUUGCACCUAUGACGAGGUUACAGUCGCCAAAGGUGCCAUUCGUAAUCGAUGACGACGCACGCCGGUCAUUCCAAGCACUUAAGACGGCUAUGCUCAUGGCACCCGUCCUUAGCAUCUACGACCCCACCCUGCCUACGAGAGUGACUACGGACGAUUCCGGCUACGGCAUUGGGGCAGUCUUGGAACAGCACGACGACGACGACUGGCACCCUGUGGAGUAUUUCAGCCACAAAGUGCCUCCCAUCAACUCACUUGAUGAUGCAAGGAAGAAGGAGCUACUCGCGUUCGUCAUGGCUCUCAAGCGAUGGCGGCACUUCCUCCUUGGGCGUCGUAGGUUCACAUGGGUCACAAACAACAAUCCAUUGACCUACUACAAGACAUAUGAUACGGUGAGCAGCACGAUCGGACGAUGGAUGUACUUCAUCGACCAGUUUGACUUCACACCGAAACAUCUACCCGGCCUCUCAAAUCGCGCAGCAGAUGCACUCUCGCGAAGACCAGAUCUUUGCGCUAUGACACAUCAUGCCUUCGCAUUCGACGAGGAGCUUCAACGACACUUCAUUCGGGCAUAUGAGUCUGAUCCGGACUUCGCCAUGCUGUACGCACAGCUAUCUUCGGAUCACCCGCCGACCAGCCACUAUCGCAUUGCCGACAGAUACUUGCUCCUCCACUCGAGAGGCAAGGACUUAUUGUGUGUCCCACGUGACCGCCGUCUUCGGACUCGCCUCCUCGACGAGUAUCAUGAUUCACGACUCGCCGGCCAUUUCGGAGUCAACCGCACUAUUGCACGGCUUCGACAGCGAUUCCGAUGGCCCGACCUCAUUACCGAUGUCACUCGGUAUUGCGACUCGUGCGAAGUUUGCCGACGCAGCAAACCCCGCAACCGCAAUCCCUAUGGCGAGUUACACCCGAUGCCUAUCCCACGGGAACCCGGUCUCUCCAUUGCCAUGGACGUCACCGGUCAGUUUCCUCGCGACAGGCUCGAGCACGACGGCAUCCUCACGGUUGUGGACCGAUUGAAUGGGCAGGCACGAAAACAUGCAAUGCAACAUUUAGCAAAGUAAAGCAGGCAGGCAGCAAGGUGAGCAGGCGGGCAGGCGGGCAGGAAGGCAGGCAUAAAACAAAGCAGCAAGACAAGG